CUACUACUUAUUAAAGUUGGACGGAAUCAUUAAGAUUGGGGAUUAGUGAAGAGAGGGUCUCCUUGUCGGUCUCUGCGUUCUCUCGAUCCUCAAUCUCACCUUCAAUUCAAAAUCAGCAUCCAUGUCCGGCGAAUCCGCCUCUGCUAUCAACAGAAGCCAGGUUGAUUUACUGGACUUCGUGGACUGGUCAGGUGUAGAAUGUUUGAAUCAAAGCAGCAGUCACUCUGUUGCCAACGCUCUCAAACAGGGUUAUAGGGAGGAUGAAGGUCUGAAUUUGGAAAGUGAUGCUGAUGAACAGCUGCUGGUUUAUAUUCCUUUCAUGCAAGUUAUUAAGCUCCAUUCAGUUCUCAUCAUAGGACCAGAGGAAGAAGGUCCAAAAACCGUAAAGCUCUUUGCUAAUAGGGAGCACAUGGGGUUCAGUAACUGUAAUGAUUUCCCUCCAAGUGAUGUCGCUGUUUUAUCGGAGGAUAACCUCAAGGGAAAACCUGUUGUUGUGAAGUACGUCAAGUUUCAAAACGUUCGCAGUCUAACGAUUUUCAUCGAGGACAAUCAAUCUGGCUCCGAGAUUACCAAAGUUCAAAAAAUUGUUCUCUAUGGAUCGACGGUGGAAACAACGGACAUGAAAGCUCUUAAGAAAAUCGAGGAUCACUGAUCCUGAUUAUCGAUCCCUCCCUGCAGUGAUGGAGGAGGAGGAUCACCACAAUUGGUAACCGUGGUAACAUUUCGUUUUUCUUGUUGAGCCUUGAAAAAAAGAAGAGUUUUUUAUGAAUUGGAAACAUCAAAACUUAUUGUGGCCAUUGCAGCCAUCAAUCCUUAUGUUCCAUUUUAUCUAGCCAACCUUUUGUGCAAUUCAAGCGCCUCCCGCCCAAUUGAAGAACUAUUAAGUUUUAUAUUUUAGAAAAGAAAAAAAAGAAAGCGAAACUGUCUUUAAUUUUAUGUGAUAUAUGUAUAUUGGGUCGGACUAGUUAGGGUUUUAUAUUUUAGACUAGUUAGGGUAUUAUAUUUUAGAUAGACAACACAUAAUUUAGCUAUCAACACGUAGAGUUAGCCAAAAGUUACGCUAUAUAUGAAUGUGUUGUUUUUAUAUGCUAUAUGUUACCUUUGAUUUCAAUAAAAAUACAAAAAAUAUACCAAAAGCUUGAAAAUAAA